AUGUCCGAGUCAGACGUGGAAUCAGACGGCGGCUGCACCAUCUGCGUCGUCGCCCGGUCGGUCGCCACCGCGCGCGAGCUCGUCCAACGUCUACGCGCGCUCGCUAACCCCGAGGACGACCCCCUUCCGCCCGGACAGGAGACGCACAUCCCAUGGACGAUACAGAACAAGUACUACACCGCCCAGGUUGCUUUCCGCCUCAAGAGUUUUGACGACUGGACGCCCGCGGACGUGCAGGGCGUCCCCGCGUUCGUGUACGUGUGGAACGGACCGGAUAACUACAGGGACGACGUGAAGCUGCUCUCCGGGCAGGUGACCGCCGCCGUCGGGUGCGAUCCCGAAGUGCAGCUCGCCGUGCGCCUCGCUCACGCGAGCGGCGAUGAGACGCACGAGGGCGCGGACGACUUUUGCUCGUCGCACGGAUUCGAGUACGUCGACGCGACGGGAUCGGGCGGCUCAGAUCCAGACGCGGACGCGUACGACGACACGGAACCGAUCCCGUCGCUCCCCCGCGUGCUAGAUGCGCUGAGCACCAUCAUGUGGCCGUCGAUGGUCCAAGCGCCCGCCACGCUCGCCCGCAAGAGCCGCGGCGCGCACGACCUCUUCACCUGGGGCCGCUCCUCCUCGUCCGCCGACGACAUCCGCGCCAUCCUCGGCUCGACCUCCACGGAUGCGCAGCGGCACGAGAUGGAAGAGCUCGAGAGAUGGUUGCAGGAAGACCUCGUCCACACGCCGACGGCGGAGAGCGUCACGCCCCAUCAUGUCGACAUCACGGCGCCGCCCUCGGGCUUUGACGAUGACUUUGGCGCCUUCAUGGCCAGCGCGCCGUCGCAGCCCGGGAUCGCCCAAGGCUCGCUGACGACGUCGCCAAAGCAGCUCGACGCCGCGCUCGCGUUCCCCUCGCACGACGCGGGACGCUCCCUCGCCGCGUCCGCGUCCGUGCUCUCGCUCGAUUCCCACUACGAUUUCGACGCCGCCGCCAACCGCUCGUCCGCGUCCGCGUCCGCCUCUCUCGCCCACUCGGAUGCCGAGGAGGAUGAGGACGACGAGGAGCCCUCCUUCUCGUAUACCCAGAUCCACGACACCUCUUUCGACGACCACGAGGACGAGGACGGCCUCCCGACGCGCGCAGAGAUCGAAGCGACCUCCCGCAGGAUCUUCGGCACCGGCUCUACGCCGCCCCCGGCCAACCCCUUCGCACCUUCCUCCCCGUCCGCCCGGCGCACGUCCGCGUCCGCGAACGUGCCCUCGGCCGAGUCCCCGAGCAAGACGACGACGUUCUCGACGAGCGUGAUCCCCACCUGGACGCCGCCCGCACGGCCGGAUCCGAGCUCGCCGCGCGAGCGCAAGAUCUUCCGCGGCGUCUUUGGGGAGGACGGAGAGGACGGGUCGAUACAGAGGACGGAGAGCGAGAGCUCGGAAGCGGGCGCGUUCGAUUUGAACAGGGUAUUCAGCGCGCUGCAGGGUAUGAAGGAGGAGAUCGGGAUGAUGGACGACGAGGACGAGCGGAGGCGGGCAGCGGCAAGGGUCGCGCUUGGCCUCGUUUAUGGCCUGGAACGGGAGGGGGUGAGGGAUGCUCAGGAGGAGAUUUAGACAUUCUGCUCUAUUUUUCCAACUUCGUCUCAUUGUGUUCUCUGCUUCGAUUCGCCGCAAUGUUCUCGUAGCAUACGUCUCUAUUGCUCUGGGCACUAUCGAAUACACAGAUUUGCCUUAGUUGGCUGAUCCCAUG